AUGCUCGGCGCGAUCUUUCGCAUUGAUGAAGUGAGAUUAGAUGAUGAGAAAGAAAUGUGGGUGAUAAAGCUGACAAUGUGUAGUGAGAAUGAGAAUGAGCUGAGAGAUGAGUUUGAUUAUUAUCGACAACAAAUGGGAGAACAUAUUAGUCUGGUGUCAUUGGGAAAUUUGAUGGGUAGAAUGGGUGAAUAUAAUAAGGCUAUAGAAUUUUUCAACAGACAUUUGGAAGAAGAUCCAAACAGCAGUGCCAGCUAUACUGGACUUGGAUAUGUUGCUAGAGAGAGAGGAGAGAUGGAUGUGGCACUUGAAUAUUAUUCGAAAGCACUUGAGAUGGAUCUCAAAACACUAUCUCCUCAUCAUCCAAACAUUGCCACGGACUACAUGAGUCUCGGUGUUUCAUAUGACGAUAAAGGUUUGUCCGAUAAAGCACUUGAAUAUUAUAAGAAGGCAUUGAAGGUUAAUCUCAAAGCAUACGGAGAAGAACAUGCUCAUGUUGCCCUUGUUUAUCACAACAUGGGUAGUGCAUAUGACGAGAAACAAGAGUAUGAGAUGGCUUUGCAGUAUUAUAAGAAAUGUCUUUGUAUACGAGAAAAGGUGUUACCCAAACAUCAUCCUGACACAGCGUCAACUCAUAACAAUAUGGGUAACACAUAUGAUCAUCUCAACGAUCAUCAGUCAGCUUUGGCAUCUAAAGAAAAAGCGCAUGCUAUAUGGAGAGUGUUCAUGUAUUGUGUCAUUGUUUGA